UCUAAGAUCCAGCGGCUGCUGGAAAAACAGCCACGUAAAAAACAUAAUCGCUCAAAUACAUUGUGUUCUGGGUCAAACCAAACUGAAUGAAAGUAAACAAAGGCCAUUAGAAUAUGCCACAGCGGCAAGAGACGCAGCAUUUGGAGUUGAUAUGUGACGUGAAGCAGCAGCAAUAAAACCGGACCCCAUUUUUUGACCAUGGACGAAAAGCUAAAAUACUCGCUGCUGCGCGGGGAACUGGUGGACACGCAGAGCAUAUGGACCAGGCACGAGAAACGCGUGUGGUUUAUCACCCUGAUAACGGGCACCUGCAUGCUCUACUCCACCCGCACCACCAUGCCACUUCUUGUGCCGGCCGUGGCAUCCGCCCAGAAGUGGAGCAAAACCGACUCCGGCACCGUGCUCAGCUCCUUCUUCUGGGGCUACACGCUCACACAGGUUGUGGGCGGAUAUUUCAGCGAUCGCUUUGGAGGUCAGCGGGUCAUCCUGUUCGCCGCCAUCGGCUGGUCGCUCAUCACAUUCCUGAUGCCCACUAUUAUCUGGUCGGCGGGCUCUAUUAAGAGCUAUGCCAUUCCCUUCAUCGUGGCCAUUCGCAUUUUGAACGGAGCCCUUCAGGGCGUCCACUUUCCCAGCAUGAUCAGCUUGACGAGUCAGAACCUGUGCCCCAAUGAGAGGAGCAGCUUCUUUGGCCUGCUCACAGCCGGCUCGGCCAUGGGCACUCUCUUAACCGGAAUCAUGGGUUCGUUUCUGCUGGAUUAUUUUGGCUGGUCGUACGUCUUCCGGGUGAUUGGUCUGAUGGGCAUUGCCUGGGCGCUGGUGCUGCGCUACUAUGCAAUGGCCGGGGAGCGCAAUAGGAUCAUUAACAUAGCCACGCCCUCGCGAUUGUGCGCAAACAAGAGUCCGGCGGAGGCGACGGCCGUGCCCUGGCUGCGCUACUUCAGCCGGCUUUCAUUCUGGGCGUGUGUUUUGACCCACGCCUGCGAGAUGAACUGCUUCUUCGUGCUGCUCUCGUGGCUGCCGACCUACUUCCACGACGGCUUUCCACACGCCAAGGGCUGGGUGGUCAAUAUGAUACCGUGGCUGGCCUUGCCGCCGUGCACUCUGUUCGCCAAGUACUUGACCACCAGGUUGCUUGCCCGCGAGUGGCACACGACGACGGUGCGCAAGUUUAUCCAGAGCUGCUGCUUUGCCGCCCAAAAUUUGGCCCUUUUUGUGAUGAGCCGCACCACGGAUUUCCACACGGCCCUCAUCUGCAUGACCAUCAUUAUCGCCGGCACGGGCUUCCACAACAACGCGGUGACGGUGAAUCCCCAGGAUCUGGCUCCUUUGCACUCGGGCAGCGUCUUUGGCCUGAUGAACACAGUGGGCGCAAUCCCUGGCUUCCUAGGUGUCUAUCUGGCCGGACACAUUCUGGAACUCACGCAGAGUUGGCCGAUGGUGUUCAGCGCGGCGGCUGGCAUUAAUCUUGUUGGAUGGAUCAUAUUCAUGGUCUUCGGCUCGGCGGAGGCCAUUGUCUAACAUUCUCUUGCACACUUUCCUCAGCAUAAACUAACUUAUUUAUUUAUGUGUGGUGUAUAUUAGAGUGGGUCGAUUUAUGUUGAUGCAUCUGAUUUAAAACUAUUCUUUUUUAUUUUCAAAUAUAAUAUGACGACCACGAACUUUUCUUGUGAGAUGUUAAAGCCAAAAAUAUGUAGUAUCAUGGAUACUUUAAGACUAUGAUCUUUAGCCAAUAAAUCAAUCCACUCUAUAUAUAUUAAUGUAUAUAAUUAAGGCCGUAGUUUUAAGUAGCGAAAUCUUACUGCUCCUAGCGUGAUAAAUACAAAUGUUUAAUCCAUCAAGCUACACCAACAUA